UAGUUGGCCAUCCAGACACGGAGAGCGUUACCACAGAAAUGUUCCUCCAGAUUGUGACUUCGUUAGCCCUGCUGCUGGCCAUCGUGAAUGGCGCAGCGAUUCCCUCGGGUCUGGUUCCCCAGCCCACUCAGGACGGCAGGAUUGUGGGUGGCUCAACGACGUCGAUUGAGGAUCAUCCAUGGCAGGUUUCCGUCCAGAAGUCGGGCGCUCACUCCUGCGGAGGCUCCAUCAUCAGCACCGACAUCAUUGUAACAGCCGCCCAUUGCCUGCAGUCUCCGGUCACGACCUCUAUUUUGAAGAUUAGAGCCGGCUCCGACCGGCGAACCUAUGGCGGCGUUUUGAUUGAGGUGGCUGCCUUCAAGGUGCACGAGGGCUUCAACGCGGCAACCAUGGCCAACGACAUUGGAGUGCUACGUCUGAAGACCAAGCUGACAUUUGGAUCCACUAUUAAGGCCAUCACCAUGGCCACUGCCACACCUGCCCAUGGAGCCGCAGCCAGCGUCUCUGGAUGGGGAAAGACCACUUACGGCGGCAGCUCGUCCUCGCAGCUGCUCUACAUCGACACCAAGAUCGUGGGACGCUCGCAGUGUGGAAGUUCCACCUACGGGUACGGGUCUUCCAUCCGGGAGACAAUGAUUUGUGCGGCGGCAGCCAAUAAGGAUGCCUGCCAGGGCGACUCGGGCGGUCCUCUAGUAUCUGGAGGGCAGCUCGUGGGCGUAGUCUCCUGGGGAGAAGAAUGCGCCCUCGCCAGGUUUCCCGGUGUCUUCGCCAACGUGGCCGAGCUGCGCGAUUGGGUGCUGCAGGCCCAGAAGACCGUCUAGUUUAAGUCAAGUGCAAGAGCAAUAAAAAGCAACUCAUAGUCGUAA